CUAGCUUGCCAAACCGUCCUAUACCUGCUCCAUCCUAAAUAGAGAAAAAAGGAAAAUAAAACAGCAGCGCUCCCGUCUUCCAUUUCCAUUUCUUGUUUCCUCUUCUUAUUUUUUGUCAAUGUUAUUUUUUCCCACUCUUCAAACAAAACUCAAAUGUCCAUCCCUCUCUGUCUAAUUAGAGAUUUCCCUUACCACUAUUAUUUUAUAAUUAUGUAAAUCAUUAAAGAAAGAUAAAUAAAAUAGGCUGAGCUUUUUCAACAAGCCAGUUCUUGCAUUAAUUAUUAGAAAGCCCCUACCUUUCUUCUUCAUCUAAUAAUUUUUCUAAAUAAUGGUACAGCAUGUAGCGGCAGAUUCAGCUUUUGACCUUCCAGUCUCCAUAAUUUAAUCGGAAUGGUUUUUCUUUCACUUUUAAUUUCUCUAAAUCACUCUGUUUUCUGCUAUUUAACACUGAUUAUCUAAUUUAUUCUCCCCCUGUUUCUUACCUUCACUCUGCUCUCAAGCUUUUUUUCUUUUUCUAUUUUUCUUCAAAAAUUAAGAAAAAGGAAAAGCCUGUUGAUCGAUCAUCAUAUGAGAGAUGAUGCGGUGGAAGAAGAAGGUGGUUGUUGGUUGGUUGGUGUGGAGUGUGUUGGUGAGUUGGGGGAGUGGAAUCGGAGUGAAUUGGGGGACCUUGUCAACUCACCCGCUUCCACCAUCAACUGUGGUGAAGAUGCUCAGAGACAAUGGCUUCCAGAAAGUUAAACUCUUCGAUGCAGAUUCAUCAAUCUUGAAUGCUCUCAGCAACUCUGGUAUUCAAGUCAUGGUGGGUAUACCCAAUGAUAUGCUCUCUGUUAUGGCUAAUAGUCUCCAAGCGGCUGAGAACUGGGUUUCCAAGAAUAUCUCUUCUCAUAUCUCCUCCAAUGGCGUCGACAUCAGGUAUGUUGCAGUGGGAAAUGAACCAUUCCUUUCAUUCUAUAAUGGAAGCUAUGUUGGUUUAACUUUCCCUGCUCUUCAAAACAUCCAAACAGCGCUUAACAAAGCGGGUUUAGGUUCUCAGAUUAAACUCACCGUCCCUUUAAACGCAGAUGUAUAUCAGAGUCCAACAAAUCUUCCUUCCGAUGGGGAUUUCCGGUCAAACAUACGCGAUACAGUGCUAGAUAUUAUAAGAUUCUUAAACGACAAUGGAGCUCCGUUGACCGUCAAUAUUUAUCCCUUCAUAAGUCUCUACAACGAUCCAAAUUUCCCAGUUGAUUUUGCCUUCUUUAACGGCGGAUCCACACCCAUUAACGACGGUGGAAGAAUCUACGACAAUGUUUUUGAUGCAAAUUAUGAUACCUUCAUUUGGGCUUUACAGAAGAACGGGUUUGGAAACAUGUCGAUCAUCGUCGGAGAAAUUGGAUGGCCGACUGAUGGAGACAAGAAUGCUAACUUGAAAUUCGCUCAGAGAUUCAAUCAGGGGUUUAUCUCUCGUGUUGCAGCUGGGAAGGGCACUCCAAUGAGAUUAAACCCAGUUGAUGCUUACUUGUUUAGUCUCAUAGAUGAAGAUGAUAAAAUCAUUCAGGGGGGUAAUUUUGAACGUCAUUGGGGAUUAUUUUACUUUGAUGGUAAACCUAAAUAUCAACUCAGUCUCGGAGGAACAUCUGGAAACUCAUUGGUGGGAGCUAAAGAUGUGAAAUAUCUGAGUCAACAAUGGUGUAUAAUGUCAUCAAUGGCGAGUCUUGAUGACCCAGAAGUUGCAGGCAGCGUGAGCUAUGCUUGUGCAAAUGGUGAUUGUACGAGUCUUGGAUUUGGGAGUUCAUGUUCAAAUCUGGAUGCUAGAGGGAAUAUAUCUUAUGCAUUUAACAGUUAUUAUCAGAAAAAUGAUCAGCUCGAAAGUGCAUGCAAAUUUGGAAAUCUUUCUGUUGUGACUGAUAAAGAUCCUUCAGUGGGAGACUGUAGAUUUCAAGUGAUGAUACAAGUACCACAUAAUGAUAAUAAGCAAGGAAGUAGUGAUGGAGAUGUGAGGAAUGCUGGGUUUGCUUCUUCAACAAACAUUAUUGGUGUUUUGAUGGUUGUAUAUGUAUAUGCGUGUAUAUUUAUGUAAGUCUGUGUUGAUAUAUUCAUUUUUUUUAGAUGUCAGUAUGCAAUUUCGAUUUUGAAAAUCCUGUCUGCAUGGCUGAUAAAUGCAUCCAACUUUAAGCAA